AUGCUUGAUGAAUUUAAAUAUGAUGAACAAUAUGAAGUUAAUGAAAAUGAAUAUAAAGAACUUCGAAAAACAUUUCUUGGUGAAAAUAAUGACGAUGAAGGUAAAUCAAGUUCGAAUUCAUUACAAAACGAUAAUGAUCAAUCAAACAUUUCAGCAGCAGUUAUUGAUCUAUCCAGCAGUGGUUCAUCGGUUGCUGAUAAAGAAAAUUAA